CCUCCAAACCCUUCGGUCGUGCCUAUUCAUGCUCCUUGACACAGUUCAAGGCAGCCAGCUGUGAAUUUAAGCAAAGAUCCCGGCAGAGCGUCUGUCCGAAGUUUGCCAUGGCACAAUAGACCAUUGACUGAACCGACAGCAAUGACCAACGACUCUUGAUGAACACCACUCCUCCACCUCCGCAGACAAUCGAGUUACAAGAGCUGUCCAACAUGGAUCGGAUAAAGGCCCUGUUCCGGCCACGCCCAGAGUAUGAACCGCUGCAGAAUGAUACAGAAAGAGAUGAUGAUGAAAGUGUGGCAUCUGACUCUGGCGAAUCGGUCGUCGAACCUCCAUUCUCAUGGAUCAAUUACAGUGUCUUUUUCCUGCUUGGGAUUGCCAUGUUAUGGGCUUGGAACAUGUUUCUUGCCGCAGCUCCCUACUUUCAGAAUCGAUUCCGGAAUGACGAAUGGAUUCUCAACCACUUUCAGGCUGCCGAGAUUUCCGUAUCGACAGUCACCAAUCUGACCUCGAUGAUCAUCCUCUCUAAACUACAGAAGGGGGCUUCAUAUCCAAAGCGUAUAUCUACAUCGCUGCUUUUGAACAUUUCUGUAUUCUCUGUGCUGUCUGCAUCGACGGCGUUCAAGACAAGCGCAGGGGUGUACUUUGGAUUUCUGCUGGUUGCGAUACUCGUAGCCAGCUUUUCGACUGGGUUGAUCCAAAAUGGAUUGUUCUCCUUCUCGUCGGGCUUCGGGAGAAGCGAAUAUACACAGGCUAUUAUGACAGGCCAGGCCGUGGCAGGUGUCCUUCCACCACUUGCACAAAUCAUCUCCGUCGCUGCUGUCCCAGCGAAGAAAGGAGAUGGGACAGAAACGGCAGAUGCAUCGCCAACUUCUGCGCUCAUCUACUUCCUGACUGCUACAGGAAUCUCAGUCCUGGCCUUGUUGGCAUUCUUCUAUCUGUUGGCUCGCAAGGGCGAUUCGCACAGUCUUACAUCUGCCUCCAAACCUACACUGGACGAGACGUCGGAAGGCGAUGCCCUCAGAGGGAAUGUUCGCAUAUCCGGCAGACAACAAGACCCCAGUCCUGAGGAGCGUCCAAACGUGGCCCUGACGACACUAUUCCUCAGGAUGCCCUUCCUAGCUCUGGCAGUGUUUGUCUGCUUUGCCGUCACCAUGACAUUCCCAGUCUUCACAGCAUCCAUCCGAUCUGUCAAUGGAGUCGACUCGGCCAUAUUCAUCCCUACAGCUUUUCUGAUUUGGAACAUCGGAGAUCUCCUGGGUCGACUGUCAACAUUGUGGAAGCCAAUCUCACUGACUCAUUAUCCCUUUGCCCUUUUCUGCAUUGCGAUGGCAAGGCUCUUGUUCAUUCCCCUGUACUUUUUGUGCAAUAUCAAGGGAAAGGGUGCGGCUAUCAGCAGCGACUUCUUCUACUUGGCCAUUGUGCAAUUCUUCUUCGGGCUCAGCAAUGGAUACCUGGGAAGUGAAUGCAUGAUGGGCUCGGGUGAAUGGGUACUUCCUGAAGAACGGGAGGCCGCGGGAGGGUUUAUGGGAUUGAUGCUCGUGGGUGGCCUCACCGUUGGCAGUCUCUUGAGCUUCUUGCUCGGGGACAUUUAGAAUCAUGGUAGAGUUCACGAAGCACAUGAUCGUUUUACCUGGUUGUUUCAUCCAACCUGCCCAGAACACGGUGGGGUGUCAGCAUACCCACAGUACGAAUAUGUACUCCGUAUGCAUGCUAGAUAUACACAUAUAAAAGUCCUCUACGGACAUGACCUUGGCAUGGAUACUUUUGCAAAG